GCGUGCCCUGAUGGGUACAACGAGGUAGACGGGAGAUGCUUCUUUAUCUCUGACGUGGAGAGAAGCUUCGAAAACGCAAAGUACGACUGUAUGUACAGGGGUGGGUCCCUAGUUGUGAUCGAUGACGCGGAAGACAGGGAAGACGCUAUGGAGGGAAGUAGUGGACCUGUGCCAUACUGGAUCAGUCGGGAAAGUGAAGAUGUGGAUUUCUACAGCGAACCUGAGGACGAGAACUGCUACAUCUGUGAAGCCCCGCCGGUGUGUCCAGUAGCAGGCUACGUCAGUUUUAACGGAGUUUGCUACAAGGACUUUGCUGAGUUAAAGACGUACGACGAGGCCAGACAGACGUGUGCCGCAGACGGGGGACUGCUGGCCAUGCCGAAGGACGACGCGACCAACACCUUCAUCCACAACCUGGGAGGAGGAGCUGGAAUACGCUGGAUCGGGCUGACUGACCUCGGGAACGAAGGCCAGUUUGUGUAUGAAGACGGCCAAAGCCUUGCGUCAUCCGGCUACUCUAACUGGCAUCCCGGUGAGCCGAACGACGCCCACCAGGGCGAACACUGCGUCAUGAUGUUUGACACCACGCACGGCUGGAAUGACGCAACCUGCAGCCUCGCCAGGGGAUUCAUCUGUCAGCUAGGUUAACAGUGGUGGCCCCCUGGAAUGACUGAAUGGGCGAAUGCUGGCUGGAGUGGCAAUCUGUGGGAUUUGCGGUGCUGAACCAGACGCG